AAGGAGCUGCCGCUGCUGCUUCUGCUGCCAGGCAUACAGACUCCACAGCGCUCUCCAAUCUCCAUUGAGCCAACAGAGCAGAGCAGAGCUAGCUAGCGUCAGAGAGAGUGGCUUCUAUUGAAUCUUGAUCGACUGAUCGGGCGGCGGGCGGCGGCCAUGGCCACGGGGGAGGCGGCAUUCGGGGUGGCGAGCCUGCGGAUGCGCGGCUCGUACCGGGACCGCGGCUCGUACAGGGACCGCGGCGGCGAUGACGUCUUCUCGCGGGCGGCGUCGUCGCGCGCCGAGUCCGAGGGCGACGAGGAGGCGCUCAUGUGGGCGGCGCUCGAGCGGCUCCCCACGCACAGCCGCGUCCGCAAGGGCAUUGUCGGUGACGACGGCGACGGCAAAGGCGGCGAGGUCGUCGACGUCGCCGGGCUCGGCUUCCACGAGCGCACGCGUCUGCUCGAGCGCCUCGUGCGCGUCGCCGAGGAGGACCACGAGCGGUUCCUGCUCAAGCUCAGGCAGCGGAUCGACAAGGUUGGGCUGGACUUCCCGACGAUCGAAGUGCGGUACGAGCACCUCAACAUAGAGGCGCUGGCGCAUGUGGGGAACAGAGGCCUGCCCACGUUCCUCAACACCAUCACCAAUUAUCUCGAGUCACUGGCCAAUCUUCUCCAUAUCAUUCCCAACAAGAAGAUACCGUUGAAUAUCCUCCAUGAUGUCCACGGAGUUAUCAAGCCAAAGAGGAUGACAUUACUAUUAGGGCCACCAGGAUCAGGGAAGACUACUCUGCUUCUUGCUUUGGCAGGCAAACUAGGCUCUGAUCUCAAGGUUUCAGGAAAAGUGACAUACAACGGGCAUGGAAUGAACGAGUUCAUUGCUCAGAGAUCAGCAGCUUACAUAUCCCAACAUGACCUCCACAUCGCUGAGAUGACGGUACGGGAAACCUUGGCCUUCUCAGCCAGAUGCCAAGGAAUUGGAAGUAGAUAUGACAUGCUGACUGAGCUUUCCAGAAGGGAGAAGGCUGCAAAUAUCAAACCGGACCCAGAUCUUGAUGUCUACAUGAAGGCCGUAUCAGUCGGUGGCCAGGAUACGAAUAUCAUCACGGAUUACGUCCUCAAGAUUUUAGGGCUUGACAUUUGUGCUGACACCAUGAUUGGAGAUGAUAUGCUGAGAGGAAUCUCAGGGGGUCAACGCAAACGUGUCACAACUGGUGAGAUGAUGGUUGGAGCAGAAAGAGCACUGUUCAUGGACGAAAUCUCCACUGGCCUGGACAGCUCUACAACAUUUCAGAUAGUGAAGUCACUUGGGCUAAUCACCAGUAUACUCGGUGGCACAACUGUCAUCUCCUUGUUGCAACCUGCACCCGAGACAUAUAAUUUGUUUGAUGACAUAAUCCUCCUGUCGGAUGGUCACAUUGUGUAUCAAGGGCCACGUGAACAUGUGCUUGAAUUUUUCGAGUCCAUGGGCUUCAAGUGCCCGGAGCGGAAAGGCGUCGCUGACUUUCUGCAAGAAGUGACAUCAAGAAAAGAUCAGCAACAGUACUGGGCAAGGAAUCACCAGAGAUACCGCUACGUCCCAGUUCAAGAGUUUUCUCAUGCAUUCAAGGAAUUUCACGUCGGCCGAAGUCUGUCAACCGAGCUCUCUCGCCCUUUUGACAGGAGCCAAUGCCACCCUGCUUCACUGACGUCCUCAACGUAUGGCGCCAGCAAGCUAGAACUGCUGCGUGCAUGCAUCGCGAGGGAAUGGCUCCUCAUGAAACGGAAUAUGUUUGUCUAUAGGUUCCGUGCUUUUCAGCUUCUAGUAAUCACACUCAUUGUGGUAACACUGUUCCUGCGCACAAACUUGCACAAUAAUACGGUGAACGAUGGCAUUGUUUGCAUGGGUGCUCUGUUCUUUUCUCUUGUUGCCCACAUGUUCAAUGGUUUCUCUGAGCUAGCAAUGACCACCAUAAAAUUGCCGGUCUUCUUCAAGCAAAGAGAUUACCUCUUCUUCCCUGCAUGGGCUUACGCGAUACCAAAUUGGAUUCUCAAGAUACCCAUAUCUUGCGUCGAAGUGGCCAUCACAGUAUUCUUGAGUUAUUAUGUUAUUGGGUUCGAUCCAGAUGUUGGGAGGCUGUUCAAACAGUACUUGCUGCUCUUGCUUGUGAACCAGAUGUCUGCAGCAAUGUUCAGGUUCCUCGCAGCAUUGGGCAGGAGCAUGGUUGUUGCAAAUACAUUGGCAUCCUUCGCACUUCUAGUGCUGCUCGUGCUCAGUGGAUUCAUCCUGUCGCACGAUGAUGUGAAGGCUUGGUGGAUCUGGGGCUAUUGGAUGAAUCCUCUACAGUACGCCAUGAGUGCCAUUGCUGCGAAUGAGUACCUUGGAAAGAAAUGGCAACAUAUUGUCCAGGGAUCCAACAGAAGUUUAGGAAUAGAAGUGCUCAAGUCCAGGGGGAUGUUCACUGAGGCAAAAUGGUACUGGAUUGGCUUUGGUGCAGUCUUGGGAUAUGUCAUUGUGUUCAACAUUCUCUUCACCAUCGCGCUAAGCUACCUUAAACCAUUGGGGAAAUCUCAGCAAAUUCUUUCAGAGGAUGCACUGAAGGAAAAGCAUGCCAGCAUCACCGGCGAAGUACCUAAUCAGUCAAACAGCUCCACAUCUGCAGGACGCCUCAACAACUCAAGGAGAAAUGCUGCAUCAGGGGCUGCUGCUGGUGACAGUAGGAGAGGAAUGGUCCUCCCUUUUGCGCCGCUUGCUGUUGCCUUCAACAACAUGAGAUACUCUGUUGACAUGCCCGCGGAAAUGAAGGCACAAGGCGUUGAUCAAGAUAGUCUGCUUCUGCUUAAGGGAGUCAGUGGCAGCUUUAAACCAGGAGUCCUCACAGCACUGAUGGGGGUCAGUGGCGCUGGCAAGACCACACUGAUGGAUGUCUUGGCUGGCAGGAAGACUGGAGGCUACAUUGAAGGUGACAUCUCAAUCUCUGGCUACCCUAAGAAGCAGGAAACCUUCGCUCGCAUCUCCGGUUACUGUGAGCAGAAUGACAUCCACUCGCCGAAUGUGACCGUUUAUGAGUCCCUGGCCUACUCUGCUUGGCUCCGGUUGCCCUCUGAUGUUGAAUCAGAAACAAGAAAGAUGUUCGUCGAGGAAGUCAUGGAGCUGGUAGAACUGAAUUCACUGAGGGAUGCACUGGUUGGACUACCUGGAGUGGAUGGUCUGUCGACAGAGCAAAGGAAGAGGUUGACUAUCGCAGUCGAGCUUGUCGCUAAUCCCUCUAUAAUUUUCAUGGAUGAGCCUACCUCUGGCCUCGAUGCAAGGGCCGCAGCUAUUGUCAUGAGGACAGUGAGGAACACUGUCGACACAGGAAGGACUGUCGUCUGCACCAUCCACCAGCCUAGCAUCGACAUUUUUGAAGCCUUUGAUGAGCUGUUCCUGAUGAAGAGAGGAGGGGAGGAGAUAUACGUGGGUCCUCUAGGACACCAUUCUUGUCAGCUCAUUGAAUACCUCGAGGGAAUCGACCGGGUGAGCAAGAUCAAACCAGGGUACAAUCCGGCAACCUGGAUGCUAGAAGUGUCCUCACAGGCACAAGAAGAUAUACUGGGUAUUAGUUUCACAGAGGUCUACAAGAACUCAGAUCUCUACCAGAGAAACCAGGCUGUGAUCAAGGACAUAAGCAGGGCCCCUGAAGGCUCCAAGGAUCUCUACUUCCCGACGCAGUACUCGCAGAGCUCCUUGACCCAAUGCAUGGCCUGCCUGUGGAAGCAGCACCUCUCCUACUGGAGGAACCCUCAGUACACGGUGGUCCGCUUCUUCUUCUCCGUGGUGGUUGCGCUCAUUUUCGGCACCAUAUUCUGGCAGCUGGGCGGGAAGCGGUCGAGGCAGCAGGACCUGUUCAACGCCAUGGGUUCCAUGUAUGCGGCGGUGCUCUUCAUGGGGAUCUCCUACUCAUCAUCGGUACAGCCCGUGGUGGCGGUGGAGCGGACGGUGUUCUACAGGGAGAGGGCGGCGGGGAUGUACUCAGCGAUGCCCUACGCGUUCGGGCAGGUCGUCGUGGAGCUCCCUUACGUGCUGGUGCAGUCGGUGGUGUAUGGGGUCAUCGUCUACGCCAUGAUGGGGUUCCAGUGGGACGUCAAGAAGUUCGCAUGGUAUCUCUAUUUUACGUACUUCACUUUGCUCUACUUCACCUACUACGGCAUGCUCUGCGUUGGCGUCACCCCGAGCUACAAUAUCGCCUCCAUCAUCUCCUCCUUCUUCUACGGCGUCUGGAACCUCUUCUCCGGCUUCGUCAUCUCACGCCCGACUAUGCCGGUGUGGUGGAGGUGGUACUCGUGGGCGUGCCCGGUGGCGUGGACGCUGUACGGGCUGGUGGCCUCGCAGUUUGGAGACAUCACGGAGCCGCUCCAGGACACAGGGGUGCCCGUCGACGCCUUCCUCAAGAGCUACUUCGGGUUCGAACACGAUUUCCUUGGUGUCGUCGCCGUGGCCGUGGCCGGCUUUGCCGUGCUCUUCGCGGUUUCCUUCGGGCUCGCCAUCAAGGCGCUCAACUUCCAGAGAAGGUGAUCGAUCCAUUGAUCGAUCCGGGCGUGCCAUCCAAUGGCUAGGAAACGAAUGCUGUGCUGUCCGUGUUUUGCAUUGGCUGACACACUCGACACGUUGUUACAUAUCUUUUUCUUUCCUUGGUUUCCAUUUGUUUUGCUUACCCGACAGAUCUUGUGUGUACAUGCCUAUGUUGUAUACGUAAAUGUUACAUAGCAAUAGUGUAGUCUGUAGCAAGAAAUAUACAAGUAUAUAGUCAGGAGUUUUUUUUGUCAACUGGAAAACGCCACUGCCAAAUGCCCAAUCUCAGGAAGAAAUAUUACUGCAGAUUGUUUAUCAUA